GCUCCGUUAUUGAUUUGAUGAGCAAUUGUUGUCCUCUCUCUCUUUCUCUCUCGUAGUUUGCAUGUGGAUAUUUACGAUGGCGUUUAUUUCCUUGGGGGAUAUUGGGUUUGGUUCAUUUUUCCUGGAAUAUUGAAUUGUUUUCAUUUCAUUGUUCCUCUGUCCAUUCUGAUUCUGGCUUAGGAACCAUUGGUCAUUUCAUGAGUUCCAGUCGUUGAAUUCAACUUUAUCUGCGCAACUUUUUAAUUAUUAAAUCGCUUCGUGAGGGUUUGGACUUGAUAUCUCGGUGUAAUAUUAUAUAUGUACUUUACUCUGUCUAAUGGUGGCAGUUCAAGUAUCAAGGUUUACUUUUGGGAUUUAACUAUUGAAAUGUGCUUCUAAUGGCCUGUUGGUGGAGGUGCAAAAUAUACUUUUUGUUUUUAUAAGAUCUAUAGAAACAAAAUAUAAACAAAGCCCCGGUGAACGAGGGAAAGCAAAAAACUUCUUUGCAGGAAGCCAGGAAGUUAUCGUAAAUUUUAAAUCAGUUGUUCUGUGCAGCAGUGUAGUGCUUUUUGAAUUGAGUGAAGUCAUCCUUUUUCCCCCUUUGGCAGAUAAAUACAUACUACCUGCCAUUGUUUUAUUGUGAGAUACCAUUAGAUCUUGGAUGAAUGAUUAAGAAUAAAAUACUGUCAUUUGACCUUUGUUAUGCGUUUUAUUCCUGACCAUACGUGCAAUAGUCAGUGGUUGCAAUAGUCAGUGGUUUCACCCUCCCCAUUGACUGGUGUCCUUAGUAGAUAACCCUUUAGAUUUGAUUAUGUAUAAGGUAUAUGCCAGCAUUUUGGAACUGAUUGAAGUGCUUUUAAUGAAGAUAAAAUUGUGAAUACCGUUUAUACUUCAACUAAAAGUUUCAACCCAUAAAUUUUUCUUUAAACAGAUUGGAGAGCUAAACUAUUCAUCUCUUUAACAUAUGUUUAUAUGGUGUCAUUUUGUUGGUGCUCUUGCCAAUUUGUAGGAACAAUGCUAAAGGUCCCAGCACAUCAAGUUGCUGGCCAUCUAGCCGAAGAAGGUCAUCUCGGUCCCCUAGUAGAUGAUUGUGGUUGCUUCUAUAAGCCUCUUCAAAGUGGCAAUCGUGGUUCCCAAGAGGUGGAAUUCUAUGAAUCUCUUUAUUCUGAUGCCAGGAUUCCAGAUCACAUCCGCAGAUAUUUUCCUGUCUUUUAUGGCACCAAGAAAGUGUAUGCAUCAGACGGGUCUGGCUUGCAUCCUCACCUGGUCUUGCAAAAUCUUGUCUCCAGCUAUGAAAAUCCAUCCAUCAUAGAUAUUAAGAUUGGUUCCAGGACAUGGUAUCCACAAGCUUCUGAGGACUACAUCCGCAAGUCCGUGGAGAAAGAUCAAACAAGCUCUAGUCUCUUACUGGGUUUUAGGAUAUCAGGAUUGAAGGCCUUUGUCUCCAAGGAUUCUGGAUUCUGGAAGCCCAAGAGGAAGCUUUUGCAAACUCUAGCUGCAGAGGAUGUCAAAUUGGUUUUGAAAAAGUUUGUUUCUUCUAAUGCACCUGAAAAUCAUGAUGUGCAACCUGAUUGCUUUUUUGCGUCUGAGGUUUAUGGUGGUUCUUCUGGAAUUUUAGCGCAGCUUUUGGAGCUCAAGGCAUGGUUUGAGGUUCAAACAAUUUUCCAUUUCUAUGCUUCUUCAGCCCUUAUCGUGUUUGACAAGGAAUCUGUGCUAAAAGGAAAGAGUUCAGGUGCUGCCGUUAAACUUGUUGAUUUUGCCCAUGUUGUGGAAGGAGCGGGUGUUAUUGAUCAUAACUUUUUAGGUGGACUUUGCUCUUUAAUAAAGUUCAUUGCAGAUAUUGUAGCCCCUCCAAUUGAGAAGUGCCUUUCUAAUGGUAAUGACACUAAAAGUGAAAAAUGUUCAGAUGGUUCCCUUUCCACUGCGAAAAGUGAGCCUUUAUCUCUUGACCCCAGGGAGGAUUGAUGAAUGAAUCUAAGCUUAAUUGGUGUUGUUGAUUCCAAAUGUAUCAACAUCCAAACUCAAUAUUUGGAUUGAAUAACGCCCUCUCAGGCAUCGUCAAUGCUUCAAGUUACUUAUUCCGUUAUUCAACUUCUGAUUCUGGAUACUAAUGGCGUCAAUCAUGAGUACAAGCUGAUUCCAUCUGAGAUUAUGAGACCAAACAAACCCUUUUUUUCGCCUUUUAUGGAUUAUAACAGUGUUAUAUGCAUGUAGUGGUUGAAUUUAUGUUUCUUUUGGUUAGAGGCUUCUUUCUUUGCUGCUUUUCUCUUCUCCUGGAGUACAAGGUUUGUUAGUCAGCUGAUGCUGGUGAUUUGUUUUCAUUUCUGGGCUCUGACGGUUUGUGUUUGAAAUAAUCCGGGCUGUAAUAAUCCAUGAGUCAGUCACCUUUUUUGCAGUAGCUCCUGAUCUCAUUAAUCUCCUGUUAACAGUUCCUUUUCAUUUUCAUCCUGGACGAGGCCUUUGCAUGUACCUUCACUAACUGAGAUGAUAUAUUCUUUGUUCAUUCA